AUGCCCCGCACACGCCACGCCACUCGUUUCUCGAGCGAAGCUCCCUCCGAAUCGUCUUCGUCAACAUCGCCGGAACGCGCGGCCGACGAUGAUACCGAUUUCUUUAUGGCCCAGGCCAACGACUCCGAGUCGUCGAUUGGCGUUGCGAACUUUCGCGACGUCCAUAUGCAGCAGAGUGGACGGAAUGUCGUGCUGCCGCCGAUCGGCCGCCUGCCGCCGGAGAUCUUGAUUGCCAUCUUCUCGAAGCUGAGCUCGCCGACGGAUAUGCUGAACUGUAUGCUGGUCUGUCGAGGCUGGGCGGCAAAUUGCGUCGGGAUUUUGUGGCACCGGCCGUCAUGUAACAACUGGGACAAUUUGAAGAGCGUGGCCGCGUCGGUGGGCAAGACGGACAGCCUAUUCGCCUAUUCGGAGCUCAUCAAACGGCUGAACCUCUCGGCGCUAACAAAAGAUGUGAGCGAUGGCACUGUCGUGCCGUUCACGCAGUGCAAGCGCAUCGAACGCCUGACCCUGACCAACUGCUCGGAACUCACCGACAAGGGUGUCUCGGAUCUGAUCGAGGGCAACCGCCAUCUACAGGCGCUGGACGUCUCCGACCUGCGCUCCCUCACCGAUCAUACCAUCUUUACUGUCGCCCGGAACUGUCCACGACUCCAAGGGUUAAAUAUCACCGGGUGUACCAAGGUGACGGACGACUCGUUGAUUACCGUUUCGGAAAACUGCCGGCAGAUAAAGCGGUUAAAAUUGAACGGGGUAAGCCAAGUCACACACCGAUCAAUCGCGUCCUUUGCGCAGAACUGCCCCUCGAUUCUGGAAAUCGACCUUUUUGACUGCAAGCUCGUCACUAGUCCAUCUGUGACUGCCUUGCUCAGCACGUUACGCAAUCUCCGGGAGCUGCGACUUUCACAUUGUACGGCGAUCGACGACUCCGGCUUUCUCAACCUGUCACCGCACCUGACAUUCGAUAGCCUGCGGAUCUUGGAUCUCACCGCGUGCGAAACCAUUCGAGAUGACGCCGUUGAGCGCAUCGUGAGUGCCGCCCCGCGGCUACGGAACCUGGUUUUGGCCAAAUGCCGGUUUAUCACAGAUCGCUCCGUCCUCGCCAUCUGCAAGCUGGGGAAGAACCUGCAUUAUGUACACCUCGGCCACUGCUCCAACAUCACUGACGGGGCGGUGAUGCAACUCGUCAAGUCGUGCAAUCGGAUUCGAUACAUCGACCUGGCCUGCUGUACGCGUCUGACAGAUCGGAGCGUACAGCAGCUGGCUACUUUGCCAAAACUGCGACGCAUCGGCCUGGUCAAAUGCCAAGCCAUUACUGAUCAGAGCAUUCUGGCCCUGGCACGUCCGAAGAUUUCUCCGCACCCGAUGGGCGUCAGCAGCCUGGAGCGGGUGCAUCUGAGCUACUGUGUGCACCUGACCAUGAAGGGGAUCCAUGCCUUGCUCAACCACUGUCCGCGAUUGACACAUCUGAGUCUCACAGGCGUCCAGACCUUCCUUCGCGGGGACCUGACUGCGUUCUGCCGCGAAGCGCCUUCAGAGUUCACGCCGCUGCAGCGCGAGGUAUUCUGUGUCUUCAGCGGCGAAGGUGUGAACCGUCUCCGUGAUUUCCUAAACCAAGCCCCUAUCUCGACCGCGGUGGAUGAGACCGAGGCCACCAUGUAUGACGAUGAUGAAGAGUUGGACGAAGAUGAAGGUCAGGUCACCGGCCUGAUGCAUGCGACUGCCAUUAAUGACGAAGACUACAUUGACAUCGGGCCUCCUCCCCACAGUUGA